AUGGCGUCUCCUCCUCCUCAGGGGGGCCCGAUGGCGAUCGCGACGAGGCUCCGGAACCAGCUCCAGGCCGUCUACAAGAUGGACCCGCUCCGGAACGAGGGCCUCUCCUGGUGGCCUUCCCCUCCCCCCGGGGUGUGUGUGUGUCUGUGCCUGCCUGCCUGCCUGCGCUCAGCCCACGUUGGGAUCCCGGUUCCCUGGAAGAGGCGGAGGCAGGGACCGGGAAGGGGGGGGGGAAGGCUGAGGCAUGCCAGGAGAGCAGUUUGCAAGAGCUGCAUCGUGAAAUACCUGCAGACAAGCAAGUACUGCCCCAUGUGCAGCACCAAGAUACACGAGACGCAGCCUCUCCUCAACCUCAAGCUGGACCGGGUCAUGCAAGACAUUGUCUUCAAGCUGGUGCCUGGCCUGCAGGAGAGUGAGGAGAGGAGAAUCCGAGAGUUCUGCCAGUCUCGGGCGGGCAUGGAGCGUGGGAACCAGCCCAGCAGUGAAGGUCCUGCCUCUGACCGUGUUGGACUGCCUUGUGCCGCUUUCGACCACUCCCGUGCGCAUUACUAUCGCUUUGACGAGCAUGUGCUGCUCUGCCUGGAGAAACAGAGCUCUGGAAAAGAAAAGAACAAGCAUAUCCUGCAGCACAAAUACGUCCGAUGCUCAGCACGGGCCCAGAUCCGCCACCUCCGCCGAGUGCUGUGUUGCCGCCUGGAGCUGGCUUUGCCACAUGUCCAUAUCCUCUUCAACAAUGAGUUGCUGCCUGAUUCCAUGACACUGAAACAGCUCUGGCUUUCCCGCUGGUUUGGCAAGCCGGCCCCGUUGCUGCUCCACUACAGCGUGAAGGAAAAGAGGAGGUAGGGGCCCAGCUGGCAGGGCCUUCACCAUCAGCACCACCAUCAGCACAAACACACGCACACACACACGCACACACACGCACACACACACACACAGACGGGGGAGGGCGCAGCAGUCUGUAGCACCCAUUCCUCACCCCCAUACACCUUAAUUUAAGCAUCUUUUCUCUUAGAGAUGGAAUUUAUUUUUUGAAUAAAAUAUCUGAAAAGCUC